AUGUUUAAACUCCUCAGUAUUGUUCUUGCUACGAUGUUAAUUGCUGCCAGCUACGGUUUAAUGGCUGGUGGCUAUGCUGAUAAGCCGGAGCUAAUCGAAGAUCCAACGGUGAAAGGUUUGGCUGUCUAUGCUGCUGAACAUUUAGCGAUGACACAAAAUAUUGUUCUUAAUAACAUUGAAGUUACAGGUGUUCAAACUCAAGUUGUCGCUGGUAUGAAUUAUAGAAUCGAUUUUACCGGUAAAACCGUCAAUAGUCCUAUUGCGAAAACAAAAUCAUGCCAAGUUGUUAUCUACGUACGAUUUAAUUCAACUAAGAAGGUUACAAGUGCUAAAUGCAAUUAA